UCUAAUGAAGUUGGCGAUUCGACUUCUUCAAUCAUCUAUAUAUUUUUGCAUGCAAAACAAAAAUCAAGGUAACAUAUAUCAUAAACAUAACAUAUAGUAUAUAUUACAUGUGUUUGUUUAAGGUGGCGAAUCCAAGAGAUAAUAAAGUUAUUAAAAGGGAACUCAAUGAUCCCACAUUGUCGUCAAGUGAAAUGGUAUUUCCUUUUCCUGGGAUGAAUAGAGAUAGAGAAAUGUCGGCUAUGAUCUCUGCUUUGACUCAUAUUGUUUCUGGAGAUGUUCCAAAUCAAAGCACUGCAGUUGAACUUGAACCAAAUAUCAAGAUGUCUACUUCUACUAAUUCUUCAUCUAGUUAUGGUACUAGUUCUUCUCUCAAAAGAACUAGAGAAGAUGAUAGAUACCUCGGAGAUCAAUCGACACAGACACCAGACACAACACUCGUUCUACCAACAAAUACAGAAAGUUCGAGAAAUAGGACAGCGACAGCGACAACAAGAGUGACAAGAGAAAUGGGAAAUGCUGUGUAUGAAUAUAGAAGAACAGAGAAUGUGGUAAGAGAAGGAGAAGAGAAAAGAAAGUACAGAGGAGUAAGACAGAGACCAUGGGGAAAAUGGGCUGCGGAGAUAAGAGAUCCAUUCAAAGCAGCAAGAGUAUGGUUAGGAACAUUUGAAACCGCUGAAGCAGCUGCUAGAGCAUAUGAUGAAGCUGCUCUUCGUUUUAGAGGAAACAAAGCAAAACUGAAUUUUCCUGAGAAUGUUACUCUUCGUCAUCCUCCUCCAACAACGUCGAAUCAAUGGAAUAUUUCGAAUAUGCCGAGUUCGGUUGUUUCUAUUACAACUUCUACGGACCCGGUUGUUCAUACUCGACCUUUUCUUUCUUCUUCUUCUCAGCCUUCAACGAACUUUUAUGAUCCUUUUCAGUUUUCGGGUAUUCUUGGUAGGAAUGUUUAUGAUGAUAAUGUGGUUAUGAGUUCUACUAUGGCUUCUCAUCUUCAAUCUUCUUCGUCGGUGUUGUCACCAGCUUCUUCUUUGGCAUCUUCCUCUUCUGCAUUUCCUUCUUCUAUGCAGACCAAUGCUUCAGCUUCCUCGUAUUAUUCUACACAGUUUCCACCAUGGUCUGCCUCGGAUCAUAACUCUUCUUCCUCUAGAUGAACCAUUUCCUAUCAAUCAUAAACACCAGACAUAUGACUGACACCAAACCUAGAUGAAUCGUUUUCUAUCGAUCAUAAACACAAACACAGAUGUAGACACAUGACAGACACCAGAUACAGAUACAAACACAUCAACAUACAGACACAUGACAACGACCGAACAUUGACACAUCGACAUACAUGAUACACAUAAUACAAUGUAAAAUGAUGAGAGUAUUGUGGCACAGCUGAGGAUCUAAACACAAGUUUGCUAGUUUAUUACUUUUUUUUUAUACAGUUAUAUUGUUAAUAAUCCAUUCAUAAUUCAUGACAUCUUUUAUGGUGAUAA